AUGGUCCACCCCGCCGAAUACGGGGUGCACCACUUGGCUGCUACCACUGCUUCAGUCUUCCGAAUGGGCGGCGAAGAUAAUGCUGUCCCAACGGCGAUACUAUCGACGACAAACGAAGCUGAAGAGAGAGCGCCUACUGGUUUGAACAAAAUCCUGUCUCCAUUCAAGGGUGCUACUGCGAUGGUAGCAGACGCUGUCAAGUUGAGGUCUUGGCUGAGCAAAGACACACCUGUAGCUGAUGUUCUCGUGGCGCUUAAGAUAAGUGAGCGAGUGGAUGACGCUCUUACCGACCCCAAUUUGAAGACAUUGAGCAAGUACGUCGACAUGUUUAACGAGAAAUACCCGAAUAACCAAGUGUCGCUAUUCGGAACGCUUGCGGGUCAUUAUGGCGAUAAUGUUGUUGCUACGGCGCUUGUAAACGCGAAACUGGCUGCGAGUACCAAAGCAGAUCUACACCUUCGCCAAUUUGAGCACUGGUUUACUACGGGUAAAUCGGCUAAAGACGUUUUCAAGCUUCUCGAGAUGGCUGACGACGGGCCUCGAUCUCUGAUAAGCUGUAAAUUGACUACAUUGGAAGACUACAUUAAGUUCUCUCGCAUCAAGAAUCAUCACGAUUCAACGAAUAUCUUCAGAGUAUUACGGAAUGGCUUUGGUGGAGAUAAAGAUUUUGCUAUUAUGGUAUCAAAGGCAAUGGAUAUACCAGAAGCAAAGCUGAACGCCGGCAUCUACCAGGACGCGUUAUUCGAGCGAUGGUUUAAGAGCAAUAUGGAACCACAAGACGUCCUCAUGACAGUUUUUAAGAUCGAUGAUGUGGCUACCUCCGGCGCUCGGGAACAAUCUAUCGUAAGCCAGUACAAGAAAUACUACGAGUGGGAGCUGGGUAUCGACCAGAUUCCAAGCUUUCUUGGUCACGUAUUUCGCCCACGUUAG